AUGAACACACAACCAGCUCCGGGAUACUCCUCUCUCUAUCGACUUCCCUCCAACUCUACCAGCGAUGUUCCUCAAUCCGACCGCCUAAUAGAACCAUCUCUUCACGGCACCGACUCGAACAGUGAUGAUGAUGCUUUGACUGUUGGAGGACGUCCUCGCAUCAACAGUAUGACAAACCUUGAAUUCAUCGAAGCCAUAGCCUCUUCUCCAGUUCCUAGGUCACCCAUGUCUUUACAGUGCUGUUGUGGAAGAGAGGACUGUAGUAGCUUACAAUCGUUCUACAGGAGCGCAAGAUCACUUGAGGAAGAACUGAGGUUGGCUGCUGAGGUUGGUCAAACUGUUUUACAGAGACAUCAGAUGACACAGAGAGAAAUGGGGGAAUUGGAGGAAAGAUUAACAGAACAGUGUGUUGCUGCUGAACAAAGAGCCCAAGAAUUGGAGGACAUUGUUCGGGAACUCAAAGAAUCUCAACGCAAGCUAACAAGUGACAGAGAUGACGCAACAAGACAGAAGUAUUUGCUAGAAAAGAAAAAUGAGUCAUUGACUUUGCAGUUAGACGAUAGAGAUGCUCAAUUACGAGAUCUUAAUAAGGAAUUCAAAGAAUGUGAAGACGAAAUAAAAAGGCUCAUGACGAAUAAGUUGAAUGCCGAACGUGGUGAAGAAAGAGAAGAUGAAUUGCGGCGGCAAUUGGAAGAUCUCAAGCAGGAGUUGAAUGUUGCUAGAAAAGCAGAGAGUGCUGCCGAAGCAAGAGUAAAGAAGCUCAAAGCCAAAUAUGAUACUUUACAUACUACUCAUGAAAAGCUAAAGAAAGAAUAUCAAGAAUACCCAAUUUCGGUACCGAAACAGAAACCUUCCGAAUUUUUCAAUGAUCGCAAGCCAAGCAAUUGCGGAGACGAUGCUAAUCGGUCUUCGUCUCCAAAUCACGAGGCCAAUACUCAUCUCGCUAAUAGAAUCAAGGAACUUUCUUCAGAAAAUAACAAAUUGAAAGAGACCAAUACCUGUUUCACAGCUAUGAUUAGAGAACUUUCUUCAGCUAACGACAAAUUGAAAGCGCAGAUUACCGAAUACAAGGAAAUGUUGACCGAGACUCGGAAUGAGGUCAGCACUCUACAGGAUAAAAUAGUAGACAUGGAGACAGCGAGCGCCCACGGAUACUCGACGUACGCCGCAAGCUAUACGACAAAUACAUCGGUUGCGUCACCAUUCGUUAGAGCUCUUCCUCCACAUGUAUCGGAUGAAGUGAUCAGUAUAGGAGAGCAGUCAGAAAUAACUGCAACUGCUGUCGAUGAUAUAGCUGAAGCAAGCAAUCCACAAGCUACUGUCCCGCGUCCGAUUCUCACUCAAUUAUCAACUUUUCCACUCUCAUCCUCACUUGGACCUACUACGCCUACGCUCAAUAGUCUCGGUGUUGAUAAUUCACUUAAUUCUCCAGCAGGUUCUGCUGCAAUGUUAUCCAGUUCAAACCCACUCCAUUACCAUCACUAUUAUCAUCACUAUCAUCACUAUGCGCCUGAGAGUCCGGAAGUUCCGCGAGGGAGUGUGCUCGGUGAACUAGAAAAAGAAAUAAAAGGAGUACUGAAACAGCAGUCAAGGAGACGCCAACACGACAGUUACAAGAGGAAUAAAGCGCCACUAGACACGGUUAAUGACGUUGAUGAAGAGGAAAUUCUAACAGAUAGAAGCGAAUCCACAGCUGAGAAUAAAACGGGUAGAUCUGAAGAGAUAGUUUAUGAUAUUGACACAUCCGGCGAGGACUCAGAUGGAGAACGAGACGUUAAUAGGGAUUCUAACGCGGAAGAAAACACCAAGAACCGGCGCGGUAAACGUACUCCUACCGUUGGAAAGAGUUCCUCAGCAAAACUAACUAAGGCUCAACAGAAAGCAAAGGCAAAAGAUGGCAUAUCAGACUCGCCGAAGAAGAAACAAAGAGUAAGUCCGUUGUCAACAACUCUCAAAGGGAAUAAUGUGUCUUUGUUGUCUGCAGGGUUGAAGAAAUCCACUGAAUCAGCUGCUUUAAAGAACGAUGCUGACAAGAAGAAGAGAGUGCCUUCUAUAAACACCAAAGGAAAGGACGAAAUGAAAUCGUCUCAUCGUCGAACUCCUUUGUCUCCAACAACUGGUGGUAGUCUUUCCCGACGGCCAAGUGCAGGAAAAUCGACGGGAGCAUCGACUUCAACAGUCUCCAAGCACAAGCCCACACAAUCAUCCCCGUUGGCUCAAAGACGAGCUGCAUCUGCUACACCCAGUUCUCUAUCAGUUAGAGUUUCACAGUCAUCAAACUCACCAACUUCAGGCAAGUCCACUAAGUCAUCAGCAGAACGUCUAUCUAUGCCAGCAUUCAAAAAUCCGAAGUUUGCUACAUUGGGUCCAAGAGAACGCAAAGCCAUGAUGGAAGCAUGGCGUGCUGGUGUUGCCAAAGAACACGAAGUUUUCCUCGAAGACAACUUAGAUACGGCUACGAUUACGGAUGAAUGUGGCUCGACGUCUAAAGCAUCACUUUCUCAGAAUGCCACCCCAACUGGAGUUCCAUCUAUCAUGGUAUCCACGCCUGCGGAAAGAAACGAUGCAGACACCAAUAACCGAGAUCUGGAUUCACCACAUCAUCAAAGCCCUUAUCAAGCCUUGUUCAAUCUUUGCACUCACUUAAUGGAUAGACUGAAAGGAACCGAUAUUAUAGCGUUAAAUCGUAGAUUAAAGAGGGAAUUCGACAUAUUGGAACUGUCGAGUCUAAGUAACAAUCUUAUCGAGAAUAUUUUAUCAGACGUCGAGAAUUUGCGGGAGCGUUUCAGAUGGGUUGAAGAGCUGAGAAUUCUCGAAGGGGAAAAGACAAAUGUAAAGGCGUUACAUAGAGAUUUUUAUGGCAGCGAAGGAAGCAAUAAGGACCUUUAUGCGUUCUCACCUGAGGAAUUUCUACCCCUUACUCAUUUUAUGCAAGACACUUUGGCAGAGAUCGGCAAGCUGCGUAUGUUAGUGAAUGACGUACAAGUGUCAUAUUUUCAGAAAGUGGAAGAGAGUAGGCGUAAGGCAGAAGAGGAGUUUGGUAAGAGUGUUAUGAACGGCAGAAACGAUAACGAGGCACGAAGCAAUCAAAGUAAGCGUCGUCAAAGAAAUGAAGGCGGGAUUAGUGGGUACUUGAGUAGAGUAUUUGGAGGAUUGAAGGAACAACCACCGAAUACAACUCGCCAUCAUACGCGUAGGAUGUCUGUUGAGUAUUCACAUGAGCGGGAGAUAUCAGUUGGCAGUAUUGAUACGUUUGCCGAAGAUUCAUACUUCGCCGAUCGUAAUGCGGAGGCGUAUCGUGCUUCUAAUACAAGAAGAGAAAGCGUGGAAUCAGUGGGGUCUAUCGUUAGGAAAAGCAUGGUGUCUUUUUUCGGGGUAGGUGGUGGCGGGAGCAACGGCAAUACGAACAUGAGUACUACAAGUACCGUUUACGAGACGAGAGAAGAGGAAGUGGAGAAAGCCAGGAAUUCGAAAGGAUUGAAGAUGAACUUGGAGGAUACUCGAGGUGGUCGUAAUGUUAAUGAUUAUAACAGAAGGUCGCAUAGAUUAUCAAUGAGUAAUUAUUGGAGAGAGAGCGGUAUGGAUAGAAGUUUAUUAUCCAGUUUUUCUAUUACGCCGCCGUUACGAUCGCCAACGUUUACUGCCAUCCGAUCCUCCGAAUCCGAGACGUCCUCCUUACAACCGGUAUUAGCUGCACCGCCACCACCAACAAUAGAGACAGCCGCCAUUCGUAAAGCACGAACAGUAUCCAGUGCUAGCACCUUGGAGUCAAGAUUAAGACAGCAUUUAGCAGCCGCGUCUAGUAGUGCUGGUGACUCUGCUAGUGUCAAGGACGAUAGCCAGAAGGAUGAGGGUUCGGAGAGUUUCUUUGACAAGUGGUUUGGCUAA